AAUAUGGACUUUGUGUAUGCCAUUCCCCCUUCAGAACCAUCAUGGCUACUCCACUCUCCAACCUCGGUGGUGCGUCCCAAAUCCUCCCGACUCGACCCACUCUGAGGGGAGACUCGAAACCACAGAGCAGAUGGCUGACAGUCACGAUGUCGGCGAGCAAGAAUAGGGAGCCAAAGUGCUAUCCAGUGCAAGUCUCUAGGAGAGCUUCUGUGAGCAUCGCCAUGGCCUCCCUACUCCAGCAGCUGGGCAUCGGGUCAUCGCAAGCGGAGGAAGGAAACGGGCUGUGGCUGACCGGCCCAUUGCCGGUUCCGGCUGUCACCAGCGAGAUCGCCAACAAGGAGACGGGAACCCGAUCGUUCCUGAGAAAUGGAAUAUACAUGGCGAACAUAGGCCCGCAGAUGAGUGCUUACAGGCUGAAGCACUACGCCUUCGAUCUGCUGGCCCUGGGCGACCUCAUCGGCCAGGAUGCGUGGAGCUACCUGAUGAAGUAUCUGUGCCUGCGGUCUACGGUGAUGUACUACGACUUCGACAAGGUCAUCUCGGCGGCCCCCGAGGAGCAGAAGCAACCGCUCACGGACCUCGCCAUUCGAUUGUUCGACAGUGUUGAGAAGCUUGAAGAGGCCGCGAAGAAGCGGAGUGACACCAUGACGCAGGCGUGCUAUGCCGACACGGAAGCCAUCCUCAAGGAGGUCAUUAUCCGAAUGGCUUAAUGGCUGUUGUGGUAUUAAUUACAGAUGAUCGACGAGUGAUAAGUGUUUGUUCGGUUUGCAUCAUGAGAGUCUUCAAACUGCAAGCAACCUCACCAUCCAUUAGUAGUGUAGCAUUAUUCUUAUCAAGGAAUUUGGACACAAU